AUGCUGUGUGUGCAACACCUGCCACGUGAUCUUCACCUCGGAAAGCUACCAGUAAAUCCGCGAGGAGCUGUCGGACGAGGGGCUCGACAGGAUGGAUUUAGCGCCCGCCUCCACGAGAAGUCCCCGAGACUUUCCUGUCAGGUUAGGCUGACAGAGGAAUUAAACGGCAUAGAGGUCUCCAUUCCGGAUGAAAUGGAAUCCUGA